AUGUGUCUGCCCCGAUUGGUAGUCCAGAUAAUCUGGCUCUACUAACUACUAUUGUUUCAGGAAUUCAAUCAGUCUCGGUAAAUAAUACUGAUAGAGUUAAUUGAAUUUCUGUAAAUCUAUAGUACUUAUCUGAAAUGGUUUAGUUAAAAGCCAAAAAAAAUGAGUCUCAUUCAAGUAUUUCAAGAAUCUAUUCAUUAGUUACACUGAAAGCUUCCCGUUUCAUCUGGAUUCAAUUCACUUCGUAGCAGAGCUAAAUUUUACCAAAUAAAUACAGACGAAUGUUUUUCUUGUUUUGAAAAUGUUUAAUAUAAUUGUAUGUUAGAAAAUCAACACGGGCAUCUCGUCUUAUUUAUAACUAUGUGUAUGUAGUAACGAAGUGCAUUGUUCGAGCAUUUCCUUUUAAGUCACACGUUUGAUUUUCACAAAAGCAAUAUUAUGUAAACAAAGUUAGAUUCUCUGCACGAAGAACACUGAUGAAUACAAACGAUUCGGAUUCAACAGAAGCCACAUGACCGCAGCUGCAAUAUUAUAAUUAAUCUCUCGUUAUUAAAGCUAUAAUAACCCAUUUAAACAUUCGUCUAUGUCGUGAUUAAAAGGCUAAGCAUUUAAUGUGACUUAUCAUGAGUAUUUCCUGUUAAUUGACGCUGGCAAAUUGUGAAUAGUAGCAAUUAAUCUUUGGUUCAAUAUUCGUUUCUAUCAAAAGCUAUAAGCUGAUUUCGAAUAAUUUUAUUAUUUUCUUUUAGAACCCGAAGGAAAUAUGGUUUGCAGUGUUCCUCUCGAAUUAUCGCCAAGACAUGGAGUUGCAGACAAUUGAUUGAAUAAACUGUGAAAUGCGAUUGCUUCCCCAAUGCUAGGGGCCGAAGACAACGAUGUUAGCAGACGAUGAUUCUCCUAAAUACAACUUGAGCUAUAUAGAGUCUAACGACAGCUACACUGCGUUGGACCACACCAAACUAAUAUCAUUGCUCAAGCUCAAAGGGACGAAUCAAAGCGACAAUAUCGGGGAGUUCCUGAGGGUUCUGGAGAACCUCCGAAGCAAGUUCAACAUAUCCGUAGUGAGGGAAUGCGAUCGGACACAUUAUUGCUCGGGAGAAUUCCGAGACUUGAUUCUGGCCUAUAAUAGUAUACAUGGAUACGUUAGCCUCUUGAUAUGUCUGUUCGGAAGUUUGGCAAAUGCAUUGAACGUAGCCGUAUUAACGCGGCGUGACCUGGCCGGGGCUCCAAUUAACCGUCUCCUGAAGUGGUUGGCAGUCGCCGAUGUCUUUGUUAUGCUCGAAUAUGUGCCAUUCGCUAUAUAUCGAUAUUUGCUGUUCCCAGGUCAAGAAGACCGACCUUACUCCUGGGCUGUCUACAUGCUCUUUCACAUGCACUUUACUCAAAUCCUGCAUACAGCUUCGAUUCUGCUCACUCUCUCGCUGGCCAUCUGGAGAUAUAUCGCCAUCAAAUAUCCAUCUUAUGGCUCAUCGUUAUGCACUGACCGCCGCUGUUCCAUCGCAAUCGGCAUAAGCUUCUUGUUGCCACCGAUGUUAUGUAUUCCGUCAUAUUUCGUGUUCACUAUUCAUCAAGAAUAUGCAAUGGACCGUCGGCCCUCCAAAGUUUACUUCGUAGACUCCAAUUACGACGGGCGACUUUAUCAGACGAAUUUCUGGGUUCACGCUGUCGUGAUUAAGCUCCUUCCGUGUGCGAUCCUGACAGUGAUCAGUGCGUGGCUUAUCCGGGUAUUGUAUAGAGCCAAUAGCAGGAAGAAAGCUCUGAAGGGAUACAAUGCGUGCCCGGCCUCAACUGUCGUCAACGGCAACGGGAAUGUGUUUACGAGAAAAUCUACAAAAAGGUCGAAAGCGGAACGACGUACAGAUAGGACGACAAAAAUGCUAGUUGCGGUUCUCCUUCUAUUUCUAUUAACCGAGUUCCCACAAGGGAUUUUAGGACUAUUGAGCGGUGCGCUGGGGAGGUGUUUCUUCAAACAAUGUUACGACCUGUUCGGUGAACUCAUGGACGCCUUGGCUCUUUUGAACGGGGCAAUUAAUUUCAUAUUAUACUGCUCUAUGUCCAAACAGUUCAGGACGACUUUUAGACAGAUUAUGAAGGCUCGGUUCGCCCCCACCCCGAGGGCAAGCUCCCAUACUGAGUUGCAAAGCACAUAUGUAUAAGAGUUUAUUAAUAAAAAAGUUUGCUUUCAUUAAAAUAAUAUGUAUAUGCAAAGAAAGUAAAGCUGUUUGCACAAAGGCAUUGUUGGCAAAAUUGUCAACUAUUGUUUAUUAUUUGUAUUUAUUGGAUACAUAAAAUGAAAUAUAAAUGUUUUUAUUCGUAUACUGGCAUGUAAUUGAUAUUAUAUUUAUAUUCAAUGUUUAACAUUUUCAAGCCCUUAGAGGUCAUUAAGAAUUUUUUGUAGUGUAACUAUGUGUAUUGAAGUAUGUAAGGUAACUUGGCAUUAUUAUAUGUUGUCAUUAUAUUACGUCUGCAUAAAAGUUUAAUUUAGCUUUUGAUAGGUGUCUUUACUUCGUUGUUACGCGAACAGAGGAAAAAUAUUUUGUCACUUUAUUGUUGCCACACGGUUUUAAGGGAAUGCGAGCUCUAAAUCACACUUUUGGAGUCACUUGCAAAAGGACUGAUAAAGCCACAAUAAGACGUAAAUACAAUAAAUGAUAUUAUCGGAAGAUGUUUACAUAAAUUAGCUGUUAUGAAACAAUUUUAGAUAUAUAUUAUGUUUUUUUUUUUAUUUCAAGAAUGUGUAAAUAUACUUAAUGCAACCAUCAAACAUACUUAUGUGUAAAUAAUAAUUAUUAGUUAUAAUAGAAUUAAUGUACUGUAUAAUAUUA